AUGGAUGAUAACAAACUCGAGUUGACCAUCAUUCGGGCAAGCGGUCUGCCAGACGUGCAGAUAUGGAAAAUAGGAAGUAUUCAGGACCCGUAUGCGACUAUUAAAUACAACGAUAUCGACCUUCGCACCAAGACCGACAAGAACGGCGGUACAAACCCGAAGUGGAACGAGACAUUCUCCUUUGCGGUCGGUACAAGCCCCGUCAUCUCGCUCACCGUUUUGCACGAGAGGGUUCUUUCCAAUGGCGAGCUCAUUGGCACUGGCAAGGUGGACUUCUCAAGGGCACGGGAGUUGGGCGAGGCAGUGGAGACUGUGCUGCUAGAGACAGCAGAGGGGAAGCAGCAAGGUGUUCUCGAGUGCAAGCUCAAGUUCCCAUCAAUAUGGGAACGGCUACAUAUGACGCAAAAGAUGUCGGAAAGCGAGAUAGAAGACGACAAGGCGGUCUACGAGAAGAAGCUUGCAGACGCGCUCAGGAUGCGCCAGAAGAAAGCGGCUCAAAUAUUCGAGCUCCACGAGAACGUCAUUAACGGCUCGAUAGCCAGCAUGCAAAACCCCGAGCCGCUGGAGGAGAUGGAAGUGUUUCUAGAAAAGGCGACGACUGCGUACCUUGCGAGUACGGACAAGCCCGCGCGGAAAGUGAAAGCGGAGUUGGAUUUCCAGGAGGACGAAUUCCUGGCCCAGCUGAGAAAGGAGAUUGACAAGAGCGAGGAUUUUGAGAAGGAUAUUGAGAAGUAUGUGACAGACGUUGCGGAACAGGUUCUGAACCGGAGGAAGACUCUUUCUGCAGCAUACAAGAAGUUUCUUGAUACGGUGAAGAAGGCUGAGGAGGAGUUGCUCCAGAGUAUGAAGACAGCUCAGCAUGAGUUUGAGGUGGGUGUUGAAGCUGCAGCUGCGGAGUACAAGAAGGAUGCGAAGACACAUAUCUAUUGGGAGCAGGAGGCCAAGGCAAAGAAAGAUCCCGGAGGCGCCAUAAAUGUCUCGCGCGGCUUUCAUCUCCGAGUCGUCCUCGUAACGACAACGCCAGCGGCCGCAUUGAACGAGGCGGCGUCAAUUCAGCAACGGUCGACGCUCUCUCGCGCGCGUGUGCGGGUGUGCGCGUUGGGGUGGGCGGGUGUGAAGGCGCGUGCGUGUGUGCGCGUGUGUGCGGGUGUGCGCGUUGUCGUGGGCGACAUGGGCAUAGCGGUGGACCGGCUGUUGGAGCCGAGUCGCGUGCCCGAAGAGCUCUUCUGUCCCAUCUGCAACGACCUCAUUGACCCCGCUGACGCCACCGAGGUGACCAAGUGCGGGCAUGUGUUCUGCGGGACGUGCAUCAACCAGGCCAUGCAGCGCUCCAGCGAAUGCCCGCAGGACCGGCAGCCGAUAACAGAGGCGCACCUGCGGUUGGCCAGGGACCACAACCGCUUCGUCUACCGCCUGCUCGGCAGGUCCCGGAUCCGGUGUGUGCACCACGCGUUGGGGUGUGGGUGGACGGGGGAGGUGUCGGAGGACCGAUCACACCGUGCCACGUGUCCCAAGGAGCGGGUGGCAUGCACGCACUGCAGCGCUGUCGUGCGCCGCGACCAUUUCACCGCCCACGCUGCCUCCUGUCAAGCGUGUAGGAAAUGCAGUGAGAAGGACGCGCAGAUUGCCACACUGCUGCAGGAAAAGCUUGCUGUUUCCAAGAAGUUUCUAGAAGUGUCGGAGUCACUGCGAGCCAAGCAGGCACAGCCUCUCGGCCCCAUCCAGUCAUACCAUCGAUACAACAUCCUCCCUCUCGCGCACCUCCUCUCCACAUGGCUAACAAGCCCUCCCACGCACCCGCGUCCCGACCGCAACCUGGUCUUCGAGAGUGUGAAGCGCUGCCACGACGACGCGCAGCGGUACCGCUACGAGGACCCCUGUGGGUUUGACAGCCAGCUGCUGCUGCUGCUGGCGGCCGCGAAUGCCACGGAGUGGUUCUCGGAGAAUCAAAAAGGGUGCAUCCGGCGAUGGCUAUGGGAAGUUUCACAGCAGCACUUGACUGCCGAGCCUGUAGUGGAAAACUACUACUAA